CUUUACAAAUCUAGACAACGGAAAAACGAUAAGCAAAAAGAUGAAUAUUUGAAGCACUACUAUCGGGAUUUUCGUUACGAUGUCGAUCGUGGUGAAUUUCGUAUGGGACGUGAUUCUUCCGACGAGGACGAGGAGGAAGAAGAAGCGGCGGGGACGGCAGCGAUGACUCAACCGGAUGGUGCACCCCCUACCAUACGAUCGAGACUCUCGUCCCGUAAGAAGGAGAAAUAUUCUAAACUGAACAGCAACAAUAUCAACAGCAAAGGAUUCACGAAUUCUGCCGGUCAGUUUGAUUGGGCUGCUGCCUACGGAUCAGACCCUUAUCCGGAUAUAUAUCGUUCGGCAAAAAGUUUACCCAGGGAUCUGGAAGAGUUGUUAUAUCGUAUGGAGAAUCAGGAAGUGGUGGAUAACGAGGAAUUAUCCACUCUGCGCGUUCGCCUGGAACAAACGGAGCGUGAAAUGAUGCGCCUGUUGCAUGCAAUGGAUGCAGCUGAACAUAUGGUCAAACAGUCCUCGUCCGAUGAGGUCAACCAAGGCGAUCCGUUCACCUACGUCCCGCACCACCACCACCAUCAUCUAGUGGACAACGUGGAGUGGAAGCAGAAUAAGGAAUCAUCAGAAGAUGAAGCUCAGGAUCCUCAUGUUGAGGUUGAACAGGACGAAAAUGGUGAAGUGGAGAAUGUGCAGGAUAGUGAAUACGAAUCUGCUACUUGGGUUCCCGGUCGACUCUGUUUCUCCUCCCUUCAGGAAGCAGAUUCAGCGGACAUCUCGCAGGGUUUCGCCGGUUGCCGUUCUCACCUUAACCGGGCGCACGAGUCCGUCGUCGUCCGGGAGGCAUUCUUUGAUGAUCGCUAG